CCACCACCACAACAACAACUACUACAACCACAACAGACACAACCACAACCAACACCACCACCACCACCACCACCUCCUCCCCAACAACACCAUCACCAACAGCAACAGCAGCAGCAGCAGCAUCAUCAUCAUCAACAGUACUCGCCACAAAGCGGGUGGAUUAUCCUUGGAGAUGUUAUUGUACAUUGUCCUAAAAACCCCAUGGAUUACGCAUUAAGAUUCGUGGAACAUUUUUCUGAACAUUUUGAGGAGCGGAUUCGCAGUCUUUCAUUCACUGAUGAUCCAAACAGCGUCAACGCCAAGUUAUUACCAGCUGAUGGAAUUGGAAUGACUUUUCAUUCUGCGUCUCACAAUUCCCGCCCAGAAUCCCUAGCUGAACAGAACGGCAGCCACGGCGGUGACGACCACGGCGACUACGCCGACCAAGAGAACAGCGUGGUCAGCGGCGGAGGCGGCGGCGGUGGUGUCGUCGGCGGCGGUAGCGGAGGCGGUGGUGUUGGUGGUGGUGGUGGCGGCAGCGGCAGCAGCAGCAGCACGACCGCCGUUUCCACUUCCGGUCAGCUGAGCCCCACCGAGAAGCGGCGCAAGAGCUUCUUCCGGCGGUUCUCUCUCCGUGGAAUUCGGAGACGCAGUUUUUUCAAGAGUAGUUCGAAUGAUACCAAUGGUAGCGCUGAGGAACAUCACCGGAAGCACUGGAAGAUGAACAAAAACGAUAAACCGGCGACGAAAGGUAAAUUAGACAAAGUCGAAGAACAGUAUGGCAACGGCGAUGCCAGCAAAGAGGAGAUUGUUAACGUGUUGUCAGGGGAAGAUUCAAAAGGCAAAUCAAAAUGGGAAAGGACUAAAUUGGAACUAGUCAAAGAUCCUAAUGGAUAUGCUCUUAAGUUUUGUGUCCCUCCUAAGUCUUUUAAACCAAGGACUGUUCCUUUGUGCCUGAUUACGGAAAUCCGUGAAACGACAGCUUUGGAAAUGCCUGACCGAGAAAAUACUUUUGUUAUCAAGGGAGAAGGGACAAUGGAAUAUGUAGUGGAGGCGGCCGAUUGGGAAAGUAUGGUAUCUUGGCUGAAUGCAAUCCGAAGCUGCAUACAGAUGGAUCCCAGUGGGAUGGAUGCUACGCUUGUCAUGAGGCCAAGGCUACCUACAGCUCCCUCUAGUGGCAGUGGGCGUGACCGAAGAGACCUCCGACAGCGAAAUUCAGUUCACGGAACCAUUGUCAGUGGACACGGUCAAGCAGCAGUUGACCUGCGUCCCUCUCGCCACGGCAACACAGGUCAGCGUCCUGUUAGUGCCAUGGCUCACAUCGGUUCACCAUCGACACAUUUUUCACCUUCCUACCCCGACCAUGUGGGAGCAUCUGCCAGAUUUGAAGCUUCUCUUGAUGGUUCUGGCCCCGAGGGGGAACGCCAUAUUGAUCAGGUGCUGCAGGACUAUCCCUGGUUCCAUGGCAUGUUGCUGCGCCGAGAUGCAGCGCAGUUAGUAUUGCAGCAAGGUCCAAUUGGUCACGGAGUGUUCCUGGUGCGCCAGAGUGAGACACGAAAGGGAGAGUAUGUGUUGACAUUUAACUUCCAGGGAAGAGCUAAGCAUCUCCGGAUGACAAUCCAAGAUGAUGGUCAGUGCCGAGUACAACAUCUUUGGUUCCAGACCAUCUUUGACAUGCUGGAACACUUCCGGAGCCACCCAAUCCCGUUGGAGUCUGGUGGAGCAUCUGACGUCACCCUCACCGAUUACGUCAUCUCGAUGGAACGGCCGAGGACGCCGUCCACCCUUCCAAGGAACUCCCCGCGCCUCAUGUCUCACUCCGGCCGGUCGUCGUCCACAUCGAAUCUUGGUACGAGGAACAAUGCGACUCCGGUGCAAACUGGUGCCGUUAAUGGGACGAACAGUGGUGGUGGUGGUGGUGGUACAGUGGGUGUGGCAAGCAGUGUCUCAGGUGGAGUUAGUAGCAUAGUGGUGGCGGGUUCCCAGGGAGGAAGUGGCGGUGGUGGUGGUGGUGGUGGUGGACAGGGGCACCUUGUUGGGAUAAUACCAGUCUCGCUGGGUAGUGGUAGUGGUGGUAGUGGUGGCAGCGGCGGGGGUGGUGUGGCUAACAUAGUUCCCGUGGGGGCGGUUGUUGGUGGUGGUGGCAUAAGUGGGGUUGUCGCUAGUGCUGUGGUGGGGGGGCUGUCGGUCGGCGGUGGCGGUGGUGGCGGGGGAGGAGGAGGAGUGGUGGGAGGCGGAGUGGGCGGGCUGGUGAUGGGGCACGUGAACUCCCACCGUGCCGGGAUGACCGAAAACGGCAGGGACGUGAUAGUGGUCAGCGGGUCAGUUCGCUCGCGGACGGAGUCGAUCGAGAACGUCGUCCGCGAGCAGACCCAGGGGGCCCAACAGCAGCAACAACAACAACAACAACAGCAACUGUUACAACAACAACUACAGCAGCAGCAACAACAGCAGCAGCAGCAGUCACAUGGUCGAGCUGUAGAGAAUCACUAUUCCUUUGUUUAAGGGGUCAGGAAACCUAAAAAUGCAAGUGGGUUAGGGGAGAGUGGAGGUUUGGGAAAGGGGCAGGACGUGGCAGUUAGGGGUCAGCACAUGGCUUUUCACAUUCUCUUGUUACGGUUUUGUUUUGCUGUUACCCAGUGUUUGGUGGAUCUGGGUUCAAACCCAUCUGUCCGCAUAUUCACCCCUAUCUUAAUUUCCAUCCUUACCAAUUUCCUUUGAAAUGAAAAGUAGGGCUACUAAAGUGUCGGGUCUACAAAAUCAAAUAAAGAAGAAAACAGUUCUUACGUGGCGCCCCAGCAUGGCCACAAAUCAAUGACUAAAGUGAAAGAUAAAUGAUACACAUGAUAUACAUGAUAAAUACACUAGGCCGAAUCCGUCAAUGUUAUGGUCUUAAAAGUUUUAUAUUAAAAUCAAAUCUGAGCAUAAUGUAUGGUGGAGUGCGACUCAACUGUCUACACUCAACACCUCCCUCCUGCUUCCGCUUUCAUCACGAGGAGGAGGAGAGGGUUCACUGCCCCCCCUGAUUUAUAAACAAGAGUGGUGGACUGUUUUGAGUUUGAGUAGAUAAAAGGACUGGGAACUGCCAGUUUGUGAGUUCAAGUCUGACGUAACCCACCUUUGUUACGUUUCUGGCUCAGUUGCUUUGAUCCAGAAUGGUUUGUCGUGGACGGAAGGAUAGAAGGUUAACCCCUAAAAACUCAUCGCGAGAAGAAUGUUGGUUUUUUUUGGUUUUUUUCUUUAAGGAAAUAGGAUCUUACAUUCACAGGCAAUUCUAUCAAAGUUAAUUUGUUUCGCACUCCCCCCCCCCGCCCAGCACUUCCUCUCAGAGCAGUCCCUUGAGUUUGCUUCUGUAUUCUCCCGCCCCACUCCAACCACCUGUAUUAAGCAUACACAGCUGACCCAAAAGUGCCCCAAACCUAAAAAGCACCCCCCCCCCAUUCCACCCUAUGUGCCAAGUGUUUUCCUCUUAAGUCUAUUCCUUUAGACCUGUUCUGGACACCCCAAACCCACACCUCAUUUUUUUUUAGGACGGGGGGGGGCCCAGGGUUGUCCCUCACCUUGU